CUUUCCCUGGGCAGAAAUAUUCUGUGGGACUAGUCUGUCAGAUACAAGGUGUACACACUUGCAACUGGCACGAAAAGGGUCACGUUCAUAUGUGCCAUCUGGGAGACAGCAAAUCUGGGUUCGAGUUAUUUGAUGAAAUUCCUAAGGGAACACCUGCCGUUUGUAACUGUGAUGCAACCUUAAAGAUGAAAAUCUACGUGCACUUUGGCAAGAAGCCCCAGGAAACUGAAAGACAAUUCGAGAAGCUAAGAGAAAAUUGGACAAAAAUUGAAGAAGACCUCGAGCCUAUAGAUAUCUUGUCCUACCUUUUUGAAAAGAAGGUUCUGGGUAUAGAUGACAUGGAUGUUAUUCGAAAUACACUCCAUAGGAAAGACAGGUGCUACGAAUUACUCAAAAGUCUGCGUAAAUGUUUUCCAGAAAAGGAGCCUAUGCGUCACUUGUGCACCAUUUUGCGUGAAAAGCGCCCACAUCUCGCUGAUCUGUUGAACCCAUUUUCAGAAACUGCAGACGAUAGGGCGGUGGGAACGGCUGACAAUAUCUGAGGGGGGAAAUGCUUUUCUCAAAAGAAAAGUAUUUUGAUGUCUCAAUGACAAAAUUAAUGUUUAUUUCCCUUGUCUUGAAGAAAAAAAGAUACAUAGAUAUUUGUGAUAGAUUGAUGGCUUGAAAGGAUACGAUAAAGAAUGACCUGAAUGACAGGUUGUAUAUCGAUUUUCUU